GGGAUUGUGACAAGAUAGUUGAGAUUCAAGACUUGGAGAAAAUGGAAUCUGUUGGAGCCAUUCAUCUUGAAGGGUGCAAGAAUCUGUCAAAUGCUUUUAAACAGAGAGUCCUACAGGCAUUGCCCAAAGGUGGUGAGCUCAACGUCUUUCUUCCUGGAAGUGCAAUACCAGAGUGGUUCAGCCAUCAGAGUCCAGGGUCUUCAAUAUCUUUUGAGGUACCUCCACUUUCAGAUUAUAAGAUUCAAAAGCUAUUAGUAUAUGCUGUUUACGCGGCAGAGGAAUUUUACAGAGAAGACUAUGAGUUUGCAUCUGCUCCUUUCCUUAAUGUCAAUAACAAAACCAAGAGUAUUAAGUGGAGAUACUGUCCAACAUCAGAUGAAAUCCCAAUACUCCCUCAAGAUCACAUGUGGGUUGGCGGCAUACCAACUACUGAGUUUGGGAAUCUGUUGGGGGGUGGGGAUGAGGUAGAGGUUUCAAUAGAAAUGGAGAAACCAAUUAAAGUGAAGAAGUGUGGCAUCCAUCUAGCUAUUGGUCCAUAUGAAGAGUGUUCUGAGUCAGAUGAUCAAGUGAUGAUCCAAUACAACUAUUCUUCAGAAGACGAUGUUUUUGAUAUGGAUGGAAAUGUAUCAAUGGUAGAUCACAGAGGGGUGAAGAGAAGCCGUGAUGAGAUAGGUCCGAGUAGCUCCUGGUCUGAUGAAGAGCAAGAUCCUAAAUGGCUGACUGAUGAGGGAGAGAGAAAGGGAGAGGGAGGCUACAGUAGUUAUUUUAAGCUCUUCCCUAAAGGAUUCUUGAAGAAACUAUAUGGUGAAGGAUCAAGUUAAAAGAAAAUUUGAAACUAGUCCUACAAUCAUAUAAUCUCCAAUCUUGACUAAGAGUUUAUCUGUUUAGUGAGACAAAAUAGAUAGUGAAGCAUUGGUUGUAAGUAAACUUAUUUUUGUUAUACGAUGGACCUCAUAUUUUUAUUCCAAUGACUUUCCUCUUUGUUUUUGAUUUACAUGAUUAAGCUACAAAGAAGGGGAAAAUAGAA